ACAGUACUGACGGUUACGGCCUUACUCAGAUGUGUGGAAGGUUUUUUCAGUGUUCGUAGAAUAUUUUUGAGAAAAAUCUGUGUUGUUUGGAAUGACCAAAAUUGAGAAUUUUUUUGGAUUUUGAUGCUAGUGGUUUUCUGAAAAUAAAAACUGAGGGCCGGGUGCCAUCUCUCCUGCGACACAGUGAUGAGUAGUUUAUUCAAGGGUUCGCCAUAUAGACGGCGGCAUGACUUGGAGGCGGGGAGCAGUCGUUCGCCGUCUUCCGAUAACCAGGACGAUGGGAUGUCAUCGAGUCCAUUCUACAUCACCAGGACUAAGAAUGCCUCCAUUGAACGCCUCCGCCGCUGGAGAGUAAUAUUGCCCUAAUCUCAUCUCUUAUGCUCUGCUCGAAAUAGUCUGAUUAUGCCUUUGAUUUUUUAUGCUCGAAGUCCUUCAUUCCUUAAAGGACGACGGUGUGAUUUAUUUGUCGUUUGGCAUUUACGUUUUGCGAAUGUGUUUUGAUGUUUGUAGAUUUUUCUCUAUAUUUCAUUCUGCAAAUUUAUUGCAGGUGUUUGUUUUGGUAGUGGACAUUGAAUAUGUUUGGUAGAUUAGUUGUGCUUCUCCUGAGUAAGUGAUUGUAGGAGUCAUUGAAUGAUUUGGCUUACUGAAAUUUUGUCUUCUAUAGCAAGCAGCGUUGGUGCUUAAUGCGUCUCGUCGGUUCAGAUACACAUUGGAUUUGAAAAAGGAAGAAGAGAAGAGAGAGCUGAUAAGUAAGAUUAGAGCUCAUGCACAGGCCGUACGGGCUGCAUAUCUGUUCACACAAGCUGGAAAUCAAGCAAAUGGUACUUAUAGUUCCUAAUUCAUAAUAAUUAGCAUGGAUUGUUUAAUAGAACAGUGUUUGUUUAAUUUGUUUUCUUCUCUUUGUUUUUUUGAGGUGUAUCACAAUCAACUCUAUUUAUGUACCUCUGUUCUUUAUGUCACAGAACGGUAGGAUCUUUGUAAUAUUUUUUAACAUGAAAUGAGUUGAGUUUGUUUUACAUAUUGUCCAAUAGAAAUGUUGAUUUAUUCCUCAUAAAAACCACCAAACCAUAUCUGUUGCUCUUUUUGGGUUGUGAAUUGUAUUGGUUUCAUGUGUUCUGGCACUAUCAUCCAUUAUCAGUGUGUGGCCUAUUGAGCUCUUUUAAUUCUUGUCUGAUAAUUAGGAACUCAACCUUUACCACCAACACCCAAUGGUGAUUUUGACAUUGGACCAGAGCAGCUGGCUUCCAUGACAAGGGAUCAUAAUUUUGUUGCUUUUCAACAAUAUGGAGGGGUUAAUGGGUUAUCUGGUAUGCUAAGGACAAAUUUAGAUAAGGGGAUUAAUGGAGACGAAUCUGAUUUGCUAAAUCGGAGGAACGUAUUUGGCUCAAACACUUAUCCUCGGAAAAAAGGAAGGAGCUUCUGGAGGUUUGUUUGGGAGGCUUGCCAAGACCUUACUCUGGUUAUUUUGAUGGUAGCUGCAGUGGCUUCCUUGGCCCUGGGUAUAAAGACAGAGGUUAGCU